AUGGCUGAUUCAGCGAAAGCUCGUUUGAGGUAUUCCAAGACGUCUUGCUAUCUUUGUAGUGAAUGGCUGGAUGACGACGAAAUCGACGACCAUUUGAUCCAAUGCAGCAGAAAAUCGAUCGCAUGUCCGGACGGUUGUGGCACUGUUCUGCCGCGCAAACAUAUGCAGGCUCACUGGAGACGCUGUGUGAAGGCGUUUGGCGAUUCCGAUCGAACAAGCACGCUCGAAGACGUAGACAACCACGUGGAUGGCUCCGUGGCGGAGAUGGCGCCAUCGCCCACCAUUUACGACCAGGUGCAAAUGCUGGGGCACGAGCUCCAUACCGUGCGGUUAGCCGUGGGCGAGGAGGUGAACCAGCGAGCGGAGCUGAUGGCGCAAUUGCAGCAGCUGAAAAGACGUGCGGAGCUGGCCGAUAAGUGGACGGUUAAGGUGAACGCCGCACUGAUGUCGUUCAACAAGCUGGUCAGCCACGAGUCGAAUCGACGGAGUGUGGAUGUUUCCGGGCUCGAGCAGCGCCAAAACCAACUUGAGCUGUGGCGGCUUGACUUGACCACUCGGUUCAACAGCAUCGAAAGCAAAUCGUACAGCUCUGCCGAGUCCGAGCCGUCCUACUCGGUCAGUGAUGAGGUAUGCGCCCUGCAGCAGCAAUUGGAUCGCGUUGAGCACGAACUGGUACGACUUCAGGCUCCCGAGAGGCUUGCCAAUGCCCAUCUCCUAGCGGAGCAAGAGUCUGCUAAAAUGGCGGCUUCCAAACAGGAGCAAGUGUUGAGCGAGUCCCAAACAGAGACGAAUAGAACCGCCGACCUGGAACACAUCAAAGGCGUUGUGGCUGAGGUUGUGGAGAAAAACGCAAAAACUGCCUGCAGACUACAAGAGGCACUGCAGCAGACCUUCGAGUGUGAGGAGCGGGUGCUACAGAUGGCAAAGCAGCUGGAACGGUACAGACGGGAAACGUACUACACCAAGCAGCGCCUCGAUGCGCUCCAGGCUAACCUCAAGCUGGAAGAGAAGCUGGCGGCGCUCAGCAGCACCGACGGGCGUGUUAUAUGGCGCAUCGAUGACUUCGAGAAGCGGUUUCUAGAGUCGAAGGAUAAUGACACCAUGUUGAAGGGUCCCAUCUUUACCAACCAGCCAUAUGGCUACGUGCUGCAGCUAGAAGCAAGUCUCUACGGCAUAGGAACAUGGCGUGGACGUAACUUAAUAGCCGGACUUACCAUCUUAAAGGGUUCCUAUGACGCGCUUCUGCAAUGGCCAUGCAUGCUCACUGGUACCAUACGUUUGCGGGAUCAGCCGGAGGAGCGAUCAGGUGCCAUGGACAUCUGCAAGUCGAUCAUCGCCAAGCGCAAGGACCAGAAGAUGGAUAAACAUCAGUUCAUCUACGUACCGCACGAUGUUCUGCGGUCGCGUCACUUCAUCCGGGACGAUACCAUUUUCAUAGAGGUGAUACUCGACCAAGAGUAUCAGGAGUCAGCAGCUCCAUAA